UAACGAGCGAACGCGUAGCCACAGCUCGCUAGCGCAAGGAAGUGGUAGCUCUUUUACUAAAAGCUUCUCUAGGCUGAAUAAAGUAAUGAGGUAGAUAGUCCGACUGAUUUUACUAACCUUGUUUGGAACAGACUGGCAUUUCCACAGUGAAAAUGGACCAGGAGUUUGAAGACAUAGAUUCAGAGGGCCGGUGGCAAAAACUGUACUUAGAAAUCAGGAACCAGUCCCACGAGUGCUCCUACAAGGUGGCAAAGUAUCCAGAAAAUCGCAACCGAAACAGAUACAGAGAUGUCAGUCCAUUUGAUCACAGUCGGGUAAGGUUGGAGAACACAGAGAAUGACUACAUCAACGCAAGUCUGGUACAGAUAGAGGAAGCCCAGAGAAGUUACAUAUUGACUCAGGGCCCUCUCAGAAAUACCUGUGGUCACUUUUGGCUGAUGAUCUGGGAGCAGAAGACCAAGGCGGUCAUCAUGCUCAACAGGGUCAUAGAGAAAGGCUCAGAAAAGUGUGCCCAGUACUGGCCCACAUCUGAGGAGAGGGAGAUGGCCUUCAGAGACACACGUUUCUUGGUCACGCUGUUGUCAGAAGACACCAAGUCUUACUACACCACCAGAAUUUUGGAGCUGCAGAACAUUAAUACAGGGGAGAAAAGAGAGAUCUACCACUUUCAUUACACCACAUGGCCUGAUUUCGGUGUCCCAGAGUCCCCGGCAUCCUUCCUAAACUUCCUUUUCAAGGUGCGGGAGUCGAGAGCGCUGGGUGUCGACCAUGGGCCUGCUGUGGUUCACUGCAGUGCUGGAAUCGGGCGCUCAGGGACAUUUUCAUUAGUCGACACAUGUCUGGUCCUGAUGGACAAGAGGAAAGACCCGUCAUCAGUGGACAUCAAAAACAUCCUGCUGGACAUGAGGAAGUACCGCAUGGGCCUGAUCCAGACCCCUGACCAGCUACGCUUCUCCUACAUGGCUGUCCUUGAAGGAACCAAAUACUUUAUGGGAGACUCCUCUGUACAGAACCGGUGGCGGGAGUUGUCAAGGGAAGAUCAGGAACCAACAUCAGAGUCUCGCCCCUCAACUCAGCCUCAGGCCAGGUUUCCGACGGAGCGAUACAACGGCAGCCAACGGGGGGGCCAGCUGGAGGAAGGAGAGGACUACAGGCAAGACGGCAAAGUACCCGCACAGUCUCCCUGCAAGGAACAGGAGCUGGAUGGCAGCACAACACACAAGCGACGCAGAGAAGACAGUAUCUCGAAAUCAGGCACAGCCAAGACACCCCAAAGCAAGCCCAGGACAAAUGACUCAGAGAGGAAGAGAAAAAGGGUGAAAACCAGUGACAGCUAACCACCUACACCCGUGGCGACAUGACUACAGCUCUGGCAGCAAAGCCAACAUCGGCAGGGAACUCCACCUCUCUCCUCUGAAGGAGCUCUGUCCCCUUCCCCACCUCCGCUUCAACAGCCAGCUUACCUCUCUCUCCUUUUUGUGUCCCAGCCCAACAGCAUUAUUCAGCCACUGCAUUCCCCCCUAAUACACACACCUCUAGCAACACGUCCCCCCCCCCCCACACACACACACACACACACACACAAACAGCUUUUUCAUACCUCCUCUUCCUCUCCUACUUGUUUACAGCAGACACUUUGACAUUCUUUGAGGAGCGCACAUUUAAAAAGACAAACACACCAGCCCUUUACCCCUCCCCAGCCCAACCUCAACCACCACCUACGCUGCUCCUGGAGUCAGAAAAUCAGUUUUUUGCUUUAAUAUUAUUUACAGCUUUGUCUUUCUAUUAUGCUUCUUUGCAUUUAUGAAAUUACGAUUGAAAACAGGGCUAUGCAUUGCCAAUUUGUAAUGGUGUUCAUAUGUGUAUUUUUAGAAAACCUUUUUUCAGAGACAAAAAUGAAAAUGUUUUAUUUUUUUAUAAAAGAUUACUUGAAUUUUUUCACAGUGAUGGGGGUUGGUUAAAUGAAAAGCUGUGCCUCCUCCCACAUGAGAAAGUCAG